AUGAUUCCGGGACCGAUCGAAGUCGACGAUGCUGUGCUGGAGGCUUCGGCCGGGCAGGCCUGGUCGCAUGUCCAGCCGCAGAUCAUUGAGGCGUAUGCCGAGGCGCUGGCGCUGUUCAAGGCUGCCACGCUUGGCGAGGCGGCGGACAACCAGCCGUUCAUUGUUUCCGGCUCGGGCACGCUCGCCAUGGAGAUGGCGGCAGCUAACGUGCUGCAGCCGAGCUCACGAGCGCUGGUGGCCAGCACCGGGUACUUUGGUGACCGCAUGGCUGAUAUUGCCCGUCGAACAGGCGCGAGUGUCGACGUGCUUGCUGUGGAUCGCCCCGGUGAGACAGUCGACCUCUCGGCGCUCGAAGCCAAGCUGGUCGACGCUGCCGCGGCCGGCGCAGCACCGGAUGCAGUUUUUAUCACCCACGUUGACACCUCGACCGGGGUGGUUGUUGACGUCGCCGCCGCCGCCGCCACCGUCCAUCGCGUCGUCCCAGACGCGCUGGUGGUGGCCGAUGGCGUGUGCGCCGCCGCUGGCGACGAGAUGCGCAUGGACGAGUGGGGCGUCGACAUCUACCUCACCGCUUCACAAAAAGCGCUCGGCCUCCCGCCGGGGUUGGCCCUGCUCAAUGUCUCGCCGCGGGCGCUCGCCGCUCAUGCUGCCCGCGACGCGCCGGUCACGACUUACUACGGUGACUGGGCUAACUGGCUCCCGAUCAUGCAGGCCUACGCCGCCCGCUCGCCAGCGUACUUUGCCACUCCGGCAACCGGGCUCGUCAUGGCCCUCCGCACCUCGCUUGACGCCAUGGUCAACGCGCCUGGUGGCAUGGACGCCCGCUUUGCCGCCCAUCGUGCUGCCUCGGACGCCGUCAAGGAUCUAGUGCAGUCGGAGCUCGGCCUCCAGCUCGUCCCUACCUCGCGCGAUCACGCCGCCGCCACCAUGACCGCUGCCUACUACCCAUCCGAUGCUUCACCGCCGGCGUUCCUCUCCGAUAUGCUCGACGCAGGCGUCAUUGUCGCCGGCGGCCUGCAUCCGGCCAUCAAGGACUCGUACUUUCGCAUGGGCCACAUGGGCGUCUCGCCGCUGGGCUCGGCCGCACUGGCAUCGCCUCUUUCGCCUCGGUCUGCUCUUGACGCGCCUGACUCGACUGCCGCAAGUCACAUCGGAUUCAACUCGCCUGCUUCUGCCGACUCUGAUAUUGCUUAUGCUCUUCCGCCCUCGGCUGCUGAUGGUCUUGCAUCGGUGGCAGCAGUGGCUGCUUACGUCUCGCCGGCUGACGUCCAUGAUCCGCUCUCGCACGCUCUCGCGCCGACAGCGGCGGCAGACGGUCCGGACGUGGACGAUCCGGCAGCGGGCAAAGCGCUUGUAGCUCGUGAUUGGAACGCAGAGUUUCAGGCCAUUGUCGAGUGGCAGCCGGCGACGCUGUCGCAGAGCAAGCUUCGGUUGCAGAAGCUCUGUCGCCUCACCGAUGCGUUUCGGGCCGAGGUGCUUGCCGCCGUGGCGACCAUUGUCGACGAGCGGGCUCUUCCUCCCGGCACGCCGCGGACCAUCGAGCCCGCAGCAAACUACAUCCACAACGGCAUCUUCUACAAGUUUGCGCUCGACGUCCACGGCCUGUACGGCGGCGAUGACGGCGUGGCCAUGAAGGUUGCCUCGCUUGAGAUGACCUUUCUGCUUACUUGCAUGGCCGAGGAGGUGCCGGGCAUCGCCUUUCCCCUCAUGGCAGUCGUCGACUACAAGGGCUUCCGGCUCUCGGCCAUGUCGCUUCUGCCCAUCUCGGACUCGUCGCUUGUGUACGGCUCGGACGACGGUGGGCAAAGCGUCCACGACGAUGUCGAUGCGCUGCACGCCCCACUCAACAACCUCGCCAGCCGUCUUAACCUCGCGCCGCAUGUUGUCGGUAUGUACGCUGCCUCGGCCGCCACCAUCCCGUUCCCCGGCGACCUCGAAGUCCACACUGGCGCCGACGGCCGCUACUACCUCAUCGACACGGCGCGGCUGAUGCCGCCGAUGCCGCCCAAAGCCUUUCCUGGCGUCCGCGGCUCGUUCCUGUUCAACCUCUUCCGCCCCGAGUUUGUCCGGCACUACUCGGUCCCGCUCUGCUCCGACGCUUACACCAACUGGAUUCGCGCCGAUCCCGACGCCGCCUCGUAUGGCGCCGCUUGCGAUGCAGCCUUUGAACACUUGCUCACCACUACCAUCCCGAGCUGUCUCGAGCAGCUCAAGAGCGACGUUGGCAUUGCCAACGUCACUCCAAGCAUUCUCGCCUUUAAUCUCGGCGCCAAAGGCAUCAACAUUGCACUUCUCGGCCACGUGCUCUCGGCUCUCGACCUCUCAGUCGCCGAUGAUUGCGUCCUUGCCAACGCCAUUCUCCACGACAUGGUCGUCCGGCUGCUCAAGGCACGACUCCGCCGCGUUUGGCGAACGUGUUCGCCUGCGGCGCUUGCCGAGGCGACGGCCGCCUUUGACGCUGUCGUUUCCGGGGCAAACGCGGACGCGGCCACCACUCUGUGGACCUCGUUGCUGGCCAGCGACAUGGCCGCGCGCUGGCCUGGCGAUUGGUCUUCGUGGCCCCAGCUUGCCGCCGGCACCGAUCUCCGCCGCUCUGCUGCAGACGGCAAGGCCGACGGCCUUGGCGUCGAUCCUGACGCUGUCUUGCGCGACGUCAAGGCCGCGGUGGGGCUGCGCGACGACGGCGCGUUUGAGCCACAAGCUCGCAUGAUGUCCUACGCCGCCGUCCUGGAAGCCUCGGACGCCUACGACGAGGCGAUCGAAGAGAUCCGGAUUGGCAACGUGGCCGGUGCCGACGCGCCCAUGGAUAAGGCGUCCAAGAUGUUCGCCGAAGCCAUCGAGUCCCAGCCCAAUGCUCGUGGUAUCUACCGCACCUGGUCGCGCGACCUCUUGCGCCUCGCUUUCGAAGCUAUGGUCCUCCAUCCGGCCGCGGCGGCCAGCUAUACCAUCCACGCCUGGUCUCGAGCGGCCAAGGUUCUCGAGCUCGACGACUUUUGCGCGACUGCAGUUGAAGUUGCUGUCGAUUUGGCCAAUCUUGGCAUGAUCAAGGCUUGCCUAGCUGCAGUCAUUAUCCGCGGCGGGCAGUCGCUUGAGACUGUGGUGGCCGGCAUUGCCAAGGAUGCCGGCAUCAAGCUCGCAAACGGGACGACCAUCACCGCCGAAGCGCUUGUCGAGACUGCUUUCAACCACUUUGCUCGCGCCCGCGAGCUUGGGCCGACCCUCAUGACCGUUAAGACCAGCAAGGCAAUCUCCCUCCGCCACCUCGCUGAAGCCAGGAUGGUUGCUACGGGUGACCAUGCGGCUCACGUUGCCGACCUUCGGCUGGCAGCUCUCGAGCUGGACAUGGUUGUCACCGCCGAGCGCGACACGAUGGGCACGGUCGACGCCCUCGCCCUUGCCGGCUCGCUCCACGCUAGCAUUGCAUCUUCGCUCCAGAUGGGCUCGGCUCUAGCGAGCGAGGUCUUGAGCCAUGCUCAACGAGCUCUGGACAUCCUGCGCCGCGCUGCCGCCGUCGACGCCGACGCCGAACUCGUCCGGCUCAACUUGGCCAACACCCUCCUGCUGGUGGCCACCGUCUCGGGUGAUGGCUCGCCUGCCACCAUUGCAGCGCUGCGCGAGUGCCUCACUGUCUCUCGCGAGGCUGCCCGCCUCUCGGUCAAGAACACGCCGGCGGCACUGGUCCGCCUCGCCUCGGUCCUCCGCAACACCGCGUCGAGCUUUCCACCUGGCCCCGAGGCGCGCGCUGCCGUUGCUGAGGCGCUGGAACUGCUGCGUCCUCUCAAGAAGCGCAUGCCCGAGUCGGCCGACGUCGCUGCUGAGAUGCUCGGAUGCCUUGUUGUGGCCGCCUCCCUGUGGACAAACGCCCGACUCAAGGGCGGCAUCAUCGGCACGUGGACCGAGAGUGAUCUCCGCGACGCGGCGGCGCACAGCGCAGCGGUCCAGGCUGCGCUAGAAGAUCUUGAUGCUACACUGGCGUCGGCUCGUGCGCGUGGCAUGUCGCUCACUCCAGGCCUCGACAAGCAGGUCAUCUAUCUCCGCAUCAAGUCCGCCGGUGUGCUGGUCCAGCUUGCACCGCCAGGCCAAGGGCUGGAGCUUCUCGCCUCGUUUGCGCCUGCUAUGGAGGCUAUGGCUUCCGAACCGACCCGCAUCCGUGUCCAUGCGCUGUCGAUGAUUGUGGGAGUGGCUUCCGACUGUGUUGUGGGCGGGGUGUCAAGCGGACCUUCAGCCGCUGCCCUCCUUGCCGCCGCCUCGCGUGCCGUUGCCUCGCUCAUGAGCGUGCCGGCCGCCGUCGGGCUUGCCGAUGCGCUCGAGGCGUGCUUUGAUGGCGAAACAGAGCAGUCUGUGGUUGCGUUUGCAGCUGCACUGGAGAGUUUGCCGUGCGCGGAGCUUGACACCGAGAACAUCAACUGUGCUCAUGUUACCGAGAGCAUCCGGUUCCUGAUUACCGGCGCGUCGGGCGUGAUCAAGGCGUCUGAUGGCACAGCCGCUGCAGUCGGGACGGCCGCUGUUGGCGGCGUGGUCGACGCUGGCCUGGCGCUGAUCGAUGCCGCGUGUGAGUUUGCAACGGUGGCGGCAGUCGGCGCCGGCGGCGCUGCGGCGCUGCAAGUUGUGGGCUCGCGGCUGGCCACCGACUACAUGCGAGCCGCAAGCGCCGACCCGAGCGUGGGCGCUGCUGGUGCGGAGCGGUACACCGAGGCCGGGAUUGUGCUGGCCAGCAAGGCUCUGGAGCUAACGCCAGCGGCAGCUACGGCUCUAGCGGCGCGAAUUGUGGCAGGACGGCUGCAUGCGCAAGCGCUGGCGGCGGGUGGCAAGGUGGCCGAGGCAAUCUCCGCGCGCCAGGCUGCGGUCGACAUCGGGAACGCCGGCGUUGCCGCCGCCAUCACUACCGGCGUACCGGCGUCGAGCGAGCUACUGGCCAACGCAGCUCUCUGCGAGUUUGAGAGCAUAUCGCAAGGCCCAGGCGGGCUGGGCGGGCCCGGGCAGCUGCCUGGGCUGGUCCGGGCGGCUGAGCGGCUCGAGGCAGCGAUGCGGGCCGACGGCUCGCAGUGGGGCCGAAAUGUGAGUGUAGUGGCGACGGCGGCCACUAUUCGGCGAGUUCUUGCCGAGCUCGACCCCGACAUGGCUGGCAAGGGCGUGCAUCUUGGGGCCGGCCUGGCUUGGGCUGAACGGGCGUUGGAUCUUGACGGCUCGUGUGCGGAUGCUGUUGCCGAGCUCGGCCUCCUCGCGCGGAUGACCGGUCAGGCGGAGCGGAUGCAAUCGGCUCUAGCGCAGCUGAGCGCGUGGGUGGCGGGCAGCGGCGGCGGCGUUCCGCCAGUUCGAGUCGCGCUCGGCAUGGCCAAGCUUCGGGUGGCGCUGGCCAAGGCGGUGCCAGCCCAGGGCAGUGAGAUGCUUGCUGCCGCCGAUGCCGACUUUGUUAAGGCGCUGCAAGCCUCGGGCGGUGCUAGUGAGUAUGCGCUCGCCAUCAUGAUGGGGAGGAUCGAAGUCGCGUUUACGCUCUCGCUCAUGACCGGCGAGCCGCAGCACCUGGCAACAACAGCGGCGCUUUUGGAUGCCGGACUCGCCUCGUUUGGCGCGGGCACACCCGAGGAGGCCCAGCUGCUGGCAACAUGGAUCAACGUUGCCGCCAACGGGGUGCUCACGAUGCCGGGCGAGGCGGGCAAGUACGCCCAGCUCCUCGCCAAGCACUCUGCCGCAGUGGUGGAGCGACACUCGAACAACCUCGGCGCGCUCCUCGAGGCGACCGGCAAGUGCCUCGGCAUUGCGCAGCGCGCGCCACAGCUGAUGGCAAGCCUGUUUCCGAUUGCGGCGGCGGCGGCGGCGGCGGCGGUCAACGUGUCGGGCGGGGAGUCGCUGCAGGCAAUGCAGGCGUACGGUGGGUGCAUGUACCAGCAAGCGUUGUCAACACCGGCGCCGUCGUCGGCCGAGCUGUGGCGGUCGGCCAUUCCGAUCUUCCGCAAGACACUCUCGCUUGUUCCGCACCCGCGCGCGGCGGCGACUAAUGAUGUCGAGCGCCUCUUUACCGCACACAUGCAGAUCGGCGAGUACGACGAGGCUCUCCCGCUCAUUGCCGCGAGCUACCCCUACGAGCCCAAGUUUGCGUACAACUACGCGUGCUGCCUGGUCGCGGCCGGCGAUGUCGAGACGGCGCGGGCUGUGCUUGACGAGGGCGCCCAGCGCGGGGUCCACCCGCCGCGGGCACACGUUGAGGCCGACAACGACCUCGCGCCGCUUCGGGAAGACGCGAGUUGGUGGGCCAGCUUCCUGGCCAAGCUGUCGUGAGGAGCCGUCUCGCCAAAAAUAAAUCACUACGAUGCGCC